AUGAUGCAUUACGAAAAACCAUAAAAAAGGAAAAUUGUAUCAUAUGCUCAAAUAAUUGAGAAAAGAUAAUAAUAAAAAAGGAAAAAAUUUAAAGGGAGCAUAAAAUUAUAUUAAAGUAUACGAGAGGCUGUCAAUGAAAUUGCUAUUGUUAAUUUAUUAGCAUUGUCAGUUAUAUCUAUGAAAAUGAAAAUUAGAAAGAUAAUAUUGAUUAUAUUAAAUAAUUGUAUUGUGAUUUUACUGGAAGCUAUAGAUAAAUCUGAUAUUAAUAUACUUGAUCCUGAAAAAUUUCAAUGUAUCUAACUUUGGGAUUAAAGAAAAUUGAGGCUUUUGAAAUAUAAUAUUGAAAAAAGGUGA